AUGUUAUCCAAUACAAUAGAGGAUGGCGAUAAAACUGUUCAGUGUUUGGAUACUAAUGAAAAGCUUCAGUUAGUUCGUCAAAUGACUGAAACGACAAAUAAUUUAUAUUAUUUCGAUUUACAACGUCAACUAUGGAAAGAUUAUUUCGAGCUUGGCAUGAAAGAAACUCAAUGGGCACCACAAGUAUCAAAAUCUUUUGCAAAACAGCAUUAUACAUGCCGCUCGUAUGGUUUUCCUAAGUAUAUAGUAGAAGAACGUCUACAAACUAUUGGACGACAAUUUCAACGUACAAUAAACGAAUUACAGCAAUAUAUAACACAAUUAGAACAAAAUAUUGAAAAGUGGCAGCCAUACAUUCAUCCCACUAUUUUAUCAAAUGCUAUAAAUGAAUGUGUCAAAGGUGCACAACAACGAUUAAGACAAGAAUUUGAUUAUAAAAGAAAAAUGCUAGCAUUAGAUUUCAGUGAUCGUAAAUUAAUUACAAAAUUUUAUGAAUUACAACCAAAUAAAGAACAGGUUGAAGAACAAGUGCUUGACUCCAAUCAGAAUGCCAAAACAAAUUUUCAUCGUGAAGUACAAGAACAUCGAGAAGAACAAGAAAUAGCAUCACAAAUACAAGCAAACCAAGCUUUAUCAACUAUUGUUGAACAAGAAGAAGAAGAAGAAAAUUAUGCUGUUUUAGAUUAUUUAGAUGAUUACAAUCCAAUGAACACUUUAAUUAUUAUUGAUUUACCAUGGCCACAAGCAUCAGACAACGAUACUAGCACUAUUGUUCGUCACAAUGGCUUAUCACAAGAUGCUCAAGGUCGUUGGUUUGAAUUACUGUCACCAACACAAAUUUUGACUGGACAACAGCAAAACUUGGAGAAUAAUAAGAAGCAACAAAAGAAGAAAAAAUGCCAUGGUAAUCGAAAACAACAGCAUCAACGACGAAGAUUACGUCGUCAACAAAUGAAACAAAAUAAUAAUCCUACAAAUCAUAUACAACAAGAUAUCUUAAUUGUGAUAGAUGAUACUGAUGAUAACCCGGAAGAAGAUGGACAAGAACAAGAACAACAGAUUCAAGAAGGCACAAAAAACAGUCAACAUAGACUAGGGUUAGAAAAUAAACGUAAACGUCAAGAAAUAAAUAAAGACGACAUACAUAUCAGUCAAUCGUUCAGUGAAUUAUCAAUAUCACAAAUGAAUCCUAAAAAGACUAAGUCAACGAUAGAAGAUCAGCAAUCAGAAAAAGAAGUAUUAAAUUUAGUUAAUGGAGAUACUAACGAACAACAACAACAACAACAACAACAACAAGAAGAUAAUGAUUUAAUAUCAGCCAAUUGUGUACAACGAUUUAAACCACGUUAUUUAAGAGUUUCUGAUAAAAUUUGA